GAGAGCUGCGGCCGCAGGGGCUGUCCGCGCGCUCUGGCCCCCGCCGCUCUCCGCGCCCUGGAGCCACGGACACCGCACCCGACCGCCCACACCCGGCUCAGCGUCUCCUGGUCCUGCAACUCGCGCGCUCUUGGGAAUCCAGUGCCCGGCUUUCGGACUCCACGUGCCCCGAGGUCCCCCAGUCAUCCACGGUCCUCAUGGCCACACUGUUGGGCGAGCUAGGAGACGCCUGAGGAAGCCCGGACAGUGCCCGUCCACGGCCCUGCGGGCUGCACGGCCGGAAUCUGCGCGGAGCUAUGCUGAGGCCGCAGGGUGCGGACGAAGCCGCGCAGCUCGCCCCUCGGCGUGCCCGCGUCCCGGUACCCGCGCCCAGACCCGCGGCCCCCGACGUGUCCCCAGCUUCCGCCCGCCUGGGUCUUGCCUGCCUUCUGCUGCUGCUGCUGCUGACAUUGCCGGCCCGGGUAGAUACGUCCUGGUGGUACAUAGGGGCCCUGGGAGCUCGAGUGAUCUGUGACAACAUCCCCGGUUUGGUGAGCCGGCAGCGGCAGCUGUGUCAGCGCUACCCAGACAUCAUGCGCUCGGUGGGGGAAGGGGCCCGAGAAUGGAUCCGAGAGUGCCAGCACCAGUUCCGCCAUCACCGCUGGAAUUGUACCACACUGGAUCGGGACCACACCGUCUUUGGCCGGGUCAUGCUCAGAAGUAGCCGGGAGGCAGCGUUUGUCUAUGCCAUCUCAUCAGCAGGAGUGGUCCAUGCUAUCACUCGGGCCUGCAGCCAGGGGGAACUGAGUGUGUGCAGCUGUGACCCAUAUACCCGUGGUCGGCACCAUGACCAGCGAGGGGACUUUGACUGGGGUGGCUGCAGUGACAACAUCCACUACGGUGUCCGCUUUGCCAAGGCUUUUGUGGAUGCCAAAGAGAAGAGGCUUAAGGACGCAAGGGCCCUUAUGAACUUACAUAACAACCGCUGUGGUCGCACGGCUGUGCGGCGAUUUCUGAAACUGGAAUGUAAGUGUCACGGUGUGAGUGGCUCCUGCACUCUGCGCACCUGCUGGAGGGCACUCUCAGACUUCCGCCGCACCGGGGACUACCUGCGGAGGCGAUAUGAUGGGGCAGUGCAGGUGACUGCCACCCAGGAUGGCGCCAAUUUCACAGCAGCCCGCCAAGGCUAUCGCCACGCCACCCGGACUGAUCUUGUGUACUUUGACAACUCCCCUGACUACUGUGUCUUGGACAAGGCUGCAGGUUCCCUAGGUACUGCAGGCCGCGUCUGCAGCAAGACCUCGAAAGGAACAGAUGGUUGUGAAAUCAUGUGCUGUGGCCGAGGGUACGACACGACUCGAGUCACCCGUGUCACCCAGUGUGAGUGCAAAUUCCACUGGUGCUGUGCUGUGCGCUGCAAGGAGUGCAGAAACACUGUGGAUGUCCACACUUGCAAGGCCCCUAAGAAGGCAGAGUGGCUGGACCAGACCUGAGCACACAGAUACCUCAUUCUUCCCUCCACUUCAAGCCUCUGACUCAAAAGCACAAGAUCCUCGCAUGCACACCUUCCUCCACCCUCAAUCUUGGGCUGCUACAGCUUCUGUUAUGGACUUGUGAUCCGGAAGGGACCCCAAUGUCCUGGCUGGUUCCUUGGCCCUA